CCAGGAGAGAUGGUACCUGCCAGAACACAAUCCUGCCCCCUGCUGCUGCUCCUGCUGCUGGCACUGUCGGUGGUCCAGCACCCCAUCAGCGCCAAACCCCAAAACAUGACCUCAGCUCAAUGGUUUGAAACUCAACACGUGCAGCUGAGCCCAAAGAGAUGCAACAUGGCCAUGAGACCCAUCAACGAGGACAAGGAACGCUGCAAGAACCUCAACACCUUCCUGCAUGAACCCUUCUCCAGCGUGGCCAAUACCUGUCAGACCCCCAACAUAGCCUGCAAAAACGGGAGAGAUAAUUGCCACCAGAGCCCAGAGCCAGUGUACUUAACCAACUGUCAUCUUGUCUCAGGAAGGUACCCCGACUGCAACUACAAAGAUAAGCAAAUGAAUGCGUCCUUCAUCAUUGCCUGUGACCCUCCUGAAGAAAGGGACCCUUGGAAGUUGCCGCUACUUCCUGUACACUUGGACAAAGUCAUUUAGGUCUGCAGCCCUCCUCCUGAUUGAGCUGUGCCUGAAAUCUUUACCAGGGCUCAGCACCAUUCCUAA